GAGUACGGAGUAGUGGCCAUCGGUUGGGAUGAGUACGGAGUAGUGGCCAUCGGUUGGGAUGAGUGCGGAGUAGUGGCCAUCGGUUGGGAUGAGUGCGGAGUAGUGGCCAUCGGUUGGGAUGAGUGCGGAGUAGUGGCCAUCGGAUUGGGAUGAGUGCGGAGUAGUGGCCAUCGGCUGGGAUGAGUGCGGAGUAGUGGCCAUCGGCUGGGAUGAGUGCGGAUGGCCAUCGGCUGGGAUGAGUGCGGAGUAGUGGCCAUCGGCUGGGAUGAGUGCGGAGUAGUGGCCAUCGGCUGGGAUGAGUGCGGAGUAGUGGCCAUCGGUUGGGAU